AUGAGCGCCGCGGCGGACGUUAUCGUCCUCUCAUCCCCAGAUUGCAGGCCCAAAGGUUCUCCAGUGCAGCCUGUUCAUGAUCCCGUGAAGUUGUUCGAUUUGUCCCCGCCAAGUACAUCUCCGUCUCCGGUACAAUCACCAUCAGAGUUAUUUCAACUUUCUACGCGUUCCAGGUUUUUCGAGGUUGAAACCCCAUCACGGAAUAAGGAAAACAAGACACCCAAAGAUCCACCUGCCAGACAGGUUCAUGCCAGUUCGAAAUCGAAAAGCGCCUCCUCAGAGGACAGGCCCAAGCGAAGGGGGAGGAAGCCCGCAAGUGAGUCGCAGACGGUACUCAGUGGUCCAGGACUCGCACACAAGGGCGCACCGAAGAAAACUACAGGUACCAGGACGAAGCGCGCGGAUAACGAGGGCAAGCGUGGGAAAGCUGCGAACAAAACCAUAACAGGGAGGGUUGCGAAGUCUGGCAAUGCGCAGACGAAACCGCUCCAGGAGAAGAUUAUGGAUGUGUCGACCUCGAAAUCGUUAUCGCAACCGGAACCUUCCAAUGAGGCCGUUGGUCUGGAAAACGAUGGGCUACAAUUAGAAGCUGCUGUGAAGCGGAGAAUUGAUUGGACGCCCACUAAGGAUACCACUGCGCAAAUGGUAGGGUUGAGCCAGGAGGGAGUUGCAGAAGCCAACCCCAAAGGUUUUGGUAGCCUGUUAUCUGAGUACGGCUUCAGCGAUGUUUUUUCAGCUCGCAGUGAUGUUAGGAGCUUUGGGAAUGAUGGUCCAACGAAACGUAGACGUAUAGAGCUUGUGGACUCCAGGUUAUUUGGCUCAUUGAAGCAAGUGUCGCAUGAUAUCGACGAUAUAAACCUCACUAACGAUAACCAGCGAGAACAACCAGAGCCUAAGCAAAAACAGAAGAGACAGACUAAGAAAUUCACGAGCCUUACAGCUCGUGUAACAGCAAAUUACCUCAAUGAUUCCCAUGAAGGAUCGGAUUUGUCAAGCAAAGAAACCACUACUUCUCGAGAAAGUUCUGCAACUGCAAGAACUAAGGGCUCUAAAAGCAAAGGGAAAGCCAUCUCAAAAACCAAAGAGCCUGAAUUCAUAGUGCUUUCACCUGAAGAAGCCACAAAGUCACUAGAAAACCAGGAACUCGUUUUUGGAACUUGUAGUCAGCUAGAGCGAGAGGAUUCUCCGACCUCACUAAAGGAGCUACAGGCAGCCAUCAGUGAGUCGGAGAGGUAUGCUAUGGCAGAGCCUUCCCCUCUGAGCUCAACCCUAUGUGCAACACCCACAUCACGUUUUACUACUGCAAGGGGUCUAUGGUCUGUUGCAGCCAGAGAUCUAGAAGGGUCAUUGAUUCGCCAGACGAAAGUUGUGGACUUGGUGGAUACACCUGAGCCUGCUAAGAUGACGACCUCGACCAACGAUAACCGUAAUGAAAAGGCAUUGGAGGAUGCAGCUAUUGUCACUCUUGGAGAACCGUUGGAUUUGUCCAGGAGUGAGGCUCCUAGGCUCAAAAAUAUCCCAGCUGCGAGAAAAGUGCCUUACCCGGUGCCUGGUAUGCCCACAACGAAGGCUAGCGACAAACCUAAGGAAACAACCUCACAACCUUCUGAGCCACAACCUGAAAUGCCGCAUUACAGCGGCUUCGCCGAUGCUAAAUUAUCGAAACAGGUCGCCUCGUACGGUUUCAAGCCCUUGAAGAACCGAAAGAAAAUGAUCGAGCUUCUCCAAAAAUGCUGGGAGUCCAAGCAUGGUAAAAGCACAACCUCAGAAACUCAGGCUGGCUCGCAAACCACAUCUACAGAACCAACUCCCGAAAUCACCUCUUCCGAAUCCAAGACACCUCAGAAACAGCAAUUCAAAACCACCGACUCGCGAAAGACAACCACAAAGUCCAAGAUAGACCCCGACUCAAACGCACCUCCAAAGACAAAGUCCAGGAAAACACCAUCAGCCAGCGACACUAUCAUAGCCUCAAGCACUCAAUCAAAACGAAACCAAGCACCACCAACGCACUCCUUCAUCAACGUCGAAGAAAUCCAAGACUCAGAAGAAGAAACCCUACCUUCACCCUUCCGAACCCAAAACCGAUAUAUACUCCAACCCCCCGAAACCAAACAAGCCUUACCCGUCUCAAAAACACUAUGUAGCCCAUCCCGCUCCAAACGCCGUACCAACAAGUCGACGACUAGUAACAGCGCAAAUAUUGAUCAGAAACAACCAGAACUAACCGACCAGAUCCUCAAAGCCAUUCACGCACAGCCAGCCGGAACACCUAGCCGUCCGAGCUGGCACGAGAGAAUCCUCCUGUACGACCCCAUUAUCCUCGAGGAUUUUGCCGCCUGGUUGAACACCGAGGGUCUAGGCCUCAUUGGCGAGGACCGGGAAGUCGGUACCGGUCUCUUGAGAAAAUGGUGUGAGAGUCGGGGGAUUUGUUGUUGCUAUCGGUGA